UGCUACCAUUACCCUCAUAAGGGUUUCACACAAAAUUAUUAAAAAUAUAAUUUUUUUAGAGAGAGAAAGAGGAGAGAGAGAGUAGAGAGAGAAGGAGAAAAGCCCUGGAAGCUAAAGAUAACACUGGAGAGACUUUGUAUAUCUCAUCACCCAAUAUAAAGCCCCAACCUUUGAUUUUCUUUCUCCUCCCCUCUGUCUCUCUCUAUCUCUCUUAUCAGAUUCGUCUGAUUUUUCUUUAUUGGGGUUUAAUCACAGUCGAUGGAUCCUUUCGACUUGAUUCGCAAAGGAUUUGGUUGAAGCUGAAUGAAAUUCUAGUUGUUCAAAUAUCUAGCUUAAUUAUAUUUUUAUUUUCUAUUUUAGUAAAUAAUGAGCUUAUCCAAGAAAGGAGUCUACACGACCGAGGCAAGGCUAAGCAGUGCUAGUAGUAAGAUAACAAGGUUAAAUCCAAAUGCAGCAGAAUUUGUUCCUUCUGGCUUCAGGUCUUCAUUGUCUGGGAGCACCAGCACAGGAAAUUCGACAUCUUUAUUUUCUUCUUCGGGAAGUUUAGGGAAGGCGGUGUUAGAUAGAUCAGAGUCAUCAGUCUCAAAUAAUUCUGAUGAAGAGGCUCAUCAGUACUGGCGUCGCCAGCUCCCUGAUGAUAUCACUCCUGACUUCAAGGUCAUGGGAGAAGAUGAAUCUCAAAGCCUUGGAAAUCUCACUUUGGCAGGCUUGUCCUUACAUGAUGAAAGUGAAAUAAGCAGGUUUUCUCCUUCCACAGGUAGUGGAUUUCAAUUGAAUGAUACGCAAGCUAAUGGUUCUUUUUCUGACAAGAUGAGGCUUUCCGGUUUGGGUUAUGGUGACGAUCUAUCUUCGGCUAGUUAUCUAAAUAUGUCAACUCGGCCUUGGGAUAAGCAGAUUCUGAAUGGUAACCAGCUUGUUAGCAAUGGGCAGGAAGGGAAUCCUUAUGAUGGCAUUUCUCAACAUGGGUUUAUGAAUGAUAUGUUUGGUGAACAAGUGGAAGAUAAUGAUGUUAAUCCUGUUGAGUUUUUGGCUUCACAGUUUCCUGGCUUUGCAGCUGAAAGCCUUGCAGAGGUGUAUUUUGCCAAUGGCUGCGAGCUAAACCUGACCGUUGAAAUGUUAAUCCAGUUAGAGCAUCAAGUUGAUAGUGGGUUCAGUCCAAAUCCAAGCCCAAAGACCUUGUCAGCCCCCAAUCUCACUGCAAUGGACUUUCCUGCACUCAGUGCAACAGAUGGUCAGAACGGUCCUCGAAAAUAUACUGGAGAUGAAUUCCCGCAAAGUGGCUAUCCUUAUCGGUCUUCUGACAAGGAGAACUUGCUUUUAUUCAAGUCCAGCUCUUCCAUUCCAUCAAGAGGCAGUGUAGAUUUUGCCACAGCUGUCAGGAAAUUGGCUGCCCAGGAUUCUGGUGUGUGGAAAUAUGAACGGGAUAAUUCUACAGAUGCUGCUAUUGGCUCAAGUAGAAGUUCCCAUUCUUUAACAAGUAAUUACAGCAGUGGGCAGGGAAGAGGCACCUAUGGUGAUAGGUUGCAGUCACGUGGUUCUGCUCGAGCCGCUCCUAUUUGGCUUGAAACUGGAGAAGCUGUUGCAAAUAUGUAUUCCGAACAAAGGGAGGAAGCUCGCGACCAUGCACGACUACGCAAUGCAUAUUUCGAGCAGGCACGUCAAGCGUACCUUGUGGGUAAUAAGGCUCUUGCAAAGGAGUUGAGUGUUAAAGGGCAACUUCACAACAUGCAAAUGAAGGAAGCUCAUGGAAAAGCUCAAGAAUCUAUAUAUCGCAUGAGGAACCCAGUUUCUCCAGAGAUGCAAGGCAACGGUAGAGGAAACGAGAGGAUGAUAGACCUGCACGGGCUCCACGUAAGUGAAGCUAUUCAUGUUCUGAAACAGAAGCUCUCUCUCCUCAGAAGCACCGCUAGGGCAGCCGAUCAGCGACUGCAGAUAUAUAUAUGCGUUGGAACGGGGCACCACACUAGAGGCUCCCGCACGCCCGCCAGACUUCCAAUUGCUGUACAAAGAUACCUUCUCGAGGAAGAGGGCCUUGAUUACUCCGAGCCACAGCCGGGGCUGCUUCGAGUUUUGAUAUCAAAAGGCCACGAAGUCAUUGUCAUCAUAGUCAUUCUUGUAUCUGUAUACUGGAGAAAACAUUCGUUACGUUGCCGUUGCGUUAAGGCUCCUCCUCCGAAGAAUGCCCACCUGGAAAUGCAAUUCCAAUCCGACCUCAGGCCGGUGGCAGCCAUUGUCUCCUCCUCCAUCAAAAACCCAUCUUCUUACUCUCUCCUCACUCCUCGCACUCUCUUCACUUCUCAGUCUCUCCCUUUCUCUUCUUCUACUUCUUCUUCGCCAUGGUUCUCUGUUCUCCGGUCCGCCGUUGCCACCGCCGACUUAUCUCUCGGAAAGCGUGCUCAUGCUCUAAUUAUAAGAACCGGGCAAGACCCAGAUCGUUUUCUGACCAACAAUCUUAUUACCAUGUACUCUAAAUGUGGGUCUCUCUCGUAUGCUCGCCACCUGUUCGCUAAAAGUCCUGACAGAGACCUUGUUACUUGGAACUCCAUUCUAGCUGCUAUAUCCCAGUCUGCUGACUCCAAUAUUGAGAAUAUUCAAGAGGGUUUUAACGUUUUUCGUAAUCUUCGUGAGUCUUUUGUAUCAACUAGUCGACUUACUUUGGCACCGGUCCUUAAACUUUGUUUACUCUCGGGAUAUGUUUGGGCUUCUGAGGCUGUUCAUGGUUAUGCUGUUAAAAUUGGACUUGAAUGGGAUGUGUUUGUUUCCGGUGCUCUUGUCAAUAUUUAUUCAAAAUUUGGGAGAAUUGGGGCGGCUCGUACUUUGUUUGAUCUGAUGCCCGACAGGGAUGUUGUGUUGUGGAAUGUAAUGCUCAAGGUGUACUUGGAAAUGGGUCUUGAGAGAGAAGUACUUUAUCUUUUCACUAAGUUUCAUCAGAGUGGGUUACGCCCUGAUGAUGUUACCAUGCGUUGUGUUAUUUCUGGGAUUAACAGACUUGAAUCUGAUAAAUGCAGUAGGUACCUGGAGCAGGUUCAAGGAUACUCAACUAAAUUAUUUUUGUAUAAAGAUGAUUCGGAUGUGUAUUUGUGGAACAAGACACUCUCUGAAUAUCUUCAAGUGGGUGAGAAAAGGCUUGCGGUUAGUUGCUUUAUUAAUAUGAUUAGGUCAAAGGUGAAGUAUGAUGCCGUUACUUUAGUAGUCAUCUUAACUGCAGUUUUGGGUACACAUGAUUUGGAGUUGGGGAAACAGAUUCAUGGUGUUGCUGUGAAAUCAGGUUUUGAUUCUGAAGUUUCUAUUGCAAACAGCCUAAUCAAUAUGUAUUCGAAGUUAGGUUGUGUUUAUUUUGCCCGAGAAGUCUUCAAAUACAUGAAUGAGUUGGACUUAAUUUCCUGGAACUCAAUGAUUUCAAGUUGUACACAGAGUGGUUUAGAGGAGGAAUCAGUGAAUCUAUUUAGAGAUUUACUGGAUACUGGUCUAGUACCUGAUCAAUUUACGCUAGCAAGUGUUUUAAGGGCUUGCUCUUCACUUAAAGAAGGGUUAUCCCUUGCUAGACAGGUACAUGUUCAUGCAGUUAAAUUUGGUAAAAUAGCUGAUAGAUUUGUUUCGACUGCCCUUAUUGAUGUUUAUUCUAGAAGUGGAAAGAUGGAUGAAGCAGAGGUCGUUCUACACAAGAAAGUUGAAUUUGACUUGGCUUCAUGGAACGCCAUGAUGUUUGGGUACAUCAUUGGUAAUAAGAGUCACAAAGCAUUGGAACUUUUGAGUCUCAUGCAUAAAACUGGAGAGAGGGCAGAUGAGAUUACUUUAGCAACCGCCACCAAAGCUUCUGGUUCCUUGGUAGCUUUAGAACAAGGCAAGCAAAUUCAUGGUCAUGUUACAAAAGUAGGAUUUAAUGUAGAUUUGUGUGUCAGUAGUGGAAUCCUAGAUAUGUAUAUAAAAUGUGGAGACAUGGUAAGCGCUAAUGCAGUGUUUUCUGAUAUCCCCGCCCCUGAUGAUGUUGCAUGGACAACAAUGAUAUCAGGAUGUGUUGAAAAUGGUGAUGAGGAGCGUGCUCUUUCUAUAUAUCAUCGGAUGAGGCUCUCUGGAAUCCAACCCGAUGAAUAUACCUUUGCUACCCUAGUCAAAGCUAGCUCAUGCCUAACAGCAUUGGAACAGGGAAGACAAAUUCAUGCAAAUGUGAUAAAGUUGGAUUGUGCCUUUGACCCUUUUGUGGGAACCUCAUUAGUUGACAUGUAUGCCAAGUGCGGGAAUAUAGAAGAUGCCUAUUGUUUAUUCAAAAGGAUGGAUGUUAAAAAUGUUGCCUUGUGGAAUGCUUUGUUGGUUGGCUUAGCUCAGCAUGGAGAUGCCAAAGAAGCUCUCAACCUUUUCAGAUGUAUGGUUGGUAAUUAUAUUGAGCCUGAUAGAGUUACAUUUGUUGGGGUGCUUUCAGCUUGUAGCCAUUCUGGUUUAAUUUCAGAAGCUUAUGGAUAUUUCUCUUCAAUGCAUAAAGAUUAUGGUAUUGAGCCAGAGAUUGAGCAUUAUGCUUGUCUUGUUGACGCCCUUGGUCGAUCUGGACGUGUAAGAGAGGCAGAGAAUCUGAUCUCAUCAAUGCCAUUUAAAGCUUCAGCAUCAAUGUAUAGAGCCCUGCUCGGUGCUUGUAGAGUUCAAGGAGACACUGAAACUGGAAAACGAGUGGCUGCAGAGCUCUUGGCCUUGGAGCCAUCUGAUUCAGCUGCAUAUGUUCUUCUAUCUAACAUGUAUGCAGCUGCAAAUCGUUGGGACGAGGCAAGCGAUGCUCGGAAACAGAUGAAAAGAAAGAAUGUGAAAAAGGAUCCGGGAUUCAGCUGGAUAGAUGUGAAGAACAAGAUGCAUUUGUUUGUGGUGGAUGAUAAAUCUCAUCCUGAAAGUGAUUUGAUUUAUGACAAAGUUGAGGACUUGAUCAAAAGGAUUCGAGAAGAAGGGUAUGUCCCUGAUACGGAUUUUGUGCUGCUUGAUGUGGAAGAAGAGGAAAAAGAGCGAUCUCUGUAUUAUCAUAGUGAGAAGCUAGCAAUUGCUUAUGGACUUCUAAGCUCUCCUCCAUCAACCACCAUAAGAGUGAUUAAAAAUCUUAGAGUCUGUGGUGAUUGCCAUAAUGCAAUCAAAUAUAUAUCAAAGGUUUCUCAACGAGAAAUUGUGUUGAGAGAUGCAAAUCGGUUCCAUCGUUUUAGGAAUGGAAUCUGCUCAUGUGGCGAUUACUGGUAGACGUCAUUUGAUUGUUGUUUUGGGAUUUUUCUAAUAAUAAUUUUUCCCCACA